AUGAACAAUAUCGGCCAGCGGGAAGAAGAAAGCCGAAGCAACAGAAGCAGAGAGGCGACGGCCUUAUCUUCUUCUUCUUCUUCUUUGGUCGAGCUUAGCACUAUAGAAGUCUCUUCCAUGGCGCUUUGGCUUUGACCUUUUCUUUGUUAUAAUUGUGACCGAAAGCAGUCGAGAGAUUCUUGCCGUCAAUUCAAUGGCGAUUCCGUCUCCCUCUGGCCUCUCAUCUGCUUCGCCACCUAUCCGAUUUACUCCUGUCCAGCCGUCGUUCGGGAAUCAUCGUUUUCUCGGGGCACAAAAAGCUCGACGAUGCGAAAUUGCAUACUCACUUGUUCAGGGUUGGUCGCCUCGAAACGUUAGAGUUAGACACAGGAGAAUCGACAUUAAACCAAGUGUUAUGUUCCAAAAUAGCAGGCCUGGUUUCUCUUGUGCGGUGAACAUGGCUGCGGGGCAAUCGGGUGAACCUGAGAAUGUGAGAUUUCAACAUCUACUAACUAAGGCAAGAGAAUUGUGGGACAGUUCACCCGAACCAGUGAAGAGCUUCCCUUGGAACCGGGCACUAGAGAACUUCAUUCAACUCGUUCUUGAUCUCACAUUGGCAGUUGUCAAGAUCUUGUGUGUUCCUUUGCUUGCGAUAACUUCCCUAAGUGAGAUGUCAUACUGCGCUCAUGAAAGGAAGCUCUUACUAGUCCCACUUCCUCUACUCGUUGGCUUUGCUCUUGCUGGGGUCUUGAAAGAAACGGCAUUGGAACUGUCUCCACUUAUCAAGGAUGCAGAAAUUCGAUGGCAUCUUAUCGCUAUUGCGAUUUUCUUCACUUUACUGAAAUUGCCCGGACCAUACUACCCUUACUGGGGUCGCAUAUUUAUCCCGCAUCUGGCAAAUGGAGCACUAUUGAGGACUCUGUGGUCUGCUUUUAUGUGGUAUAGAAGAUCCCGCUGGACAUUUCCACAAGAUCCAAAGUGACACACAGAAAGAACCCUUUAUUUGAAUCAGGUGACAGGUUUCCUCUUUUACUGAAAUCUCUUCGAGCCAUUAAGAGGAAGAGGAACAGUUUGGAAGAUGAAUGGCUGGUCGGGUUACAGCACCCUAAUGUUUCCCUUCCAUUUUAUCUUACGAGGGCUUGUGUCUCCUGUCAAUCAUUGAUCCAACUGCCAUUUGUAAGUGCUGAUGUUAGGUUAGGCUAGGCUCAAAAUUCGGUAUGAUGCAGCUGGGUCUUCUAGUAGCUUCCCUGUAUGUUCGACAAAUUUUGUGCAUUUAAUAGUGGAGCUUUUCUUGUAGAAUAUGAUCUCUCCUAAAGCCAGCGGUAGAUGCUGUUAUCAUUCUUUGGCAUUUUCCUACUGUA